UAUUUUUAGGGCGAAGCUUCGGGCCAGGCCGGUAGCGUGGCCAGACACACCUCUAAUUCCCCUUACACGUAAAAUUUAUGGAUUGGUUUUGUGUUAAUUUGGUGUUGAUGGUAACCCACUAAUCACCAAUCACCGAUUCUUCACUUUCUCUCAUUUGGUGGUCUGAUUUGGUUCACUUUCGUCUUUGCCGACCACUCUGAAUUAUCAGUGCCGUAUUAGCCGCGAAUUCCGCGGGCGAAUCCCUCACUUGUCUCAUAAUGCUCUAAAAUGCCACUUUUUUCGUCAUUUAAGAUUAUGUGAUAAUCAAUGAAAGUUGGUGCUCUCGUACUUCUGUAAUGAAUUUCAAAGACAUGAAUUUAAGUUGAUCCUCGACUUCCUUUGAUUUCAGAUAUCCUUCAGUUCUUAAAUGCCGAAGUCGAAGAAAAUUGAAGGGCAGAGACUAGUGAUGAAGGAAAGAAUUUUAGGUGACAAUGAAAGUGAUGCCGUCGGGGGCAAAGAGAUUAGAAAUCUUGAUCACGUGCUUUCCCAAUUUGUAUACGAGGGCGAUCAUGGUGAGGAAAAGGUCUUGAAGGAACCUGAGAUUGUGCGCAAAAGGAUUGGAAAGAGGAAGAUAGGAGAUGUGCAAGUGCGAAAGGUUUCACCAUAUUUUCAAGGCAACUGCGAAAGACAGCUCAAGUCAAUUACGCAAGUUGUGUACAAAGGUUGUAGUAAUGAAAAGCUUUUGAAGGAAGGGGAAAACUUUAGCAAACAGAAUAGAAAGCAGAGGAGAACGGAUGCGGAAGUUGUAAAGGUCUCUCCUUAUUUCCAGUCAUGCGAAGAAAAGCAAAAGAAGACGAGUGAGAAUCGGAAAAUAAAACCCAGAGUGUUGAAACAGUCCCCCUAUUUUCAGAAGAACAACGAAAGCUUGAGAAAACCAAGGAAGACGGAUGAAGUUAAACCUUUACUUUCUGCUUCUCAGAAGAGAGAUGAGGCUUACCAAAGAAAAACUGUCGAUAAUACAUGGAUCCCUCCUCGUUCUGAUGCCCCACUUCUCCAAGAGGAUCAUACACAUGACCCCUGGAGGGUCUUGGUUAUAUGUAUGCUUCUCAAUAGAACAACUGGGAACCAGACUAGAAAAGUAUUAUCUGAUUUCUUCACUGUGUGCCCUGAUGCAAAAACGGCCACUGAGGUUGCCACUGAGGAGAUAGAAAAGGCUAUAAAAACUCUUGGUCUUCAAAGAAAGCGGGCGGAGAUGAUACAACGAAUGUCUCAGGAGUAUUUAUGGAAGGAAUGGACUCAUGUAACUGAGCUGCACGGUGUCGGAAAGGGGGCGUAAUGGCUCGAGCUCGACUCAAAACUCUGGGCACGAUUCUUAACUUGAGGUCAAUCGAACAUCAAUUUUUAAGCUCAAAGUUGACUCGAAUUUUAAGCUCAAAGUUGACUCGAGAUACAAUCGACUACGUGAGCACAAGCUCAUUUAUCCUUUCGUAUACUAGAGCUCAAAAUUGAGUUGAUUAAACUCAUUUAUAGAUUUCCAUGAUUAAGGAUGAGCUCGAGCUGGAAUUACGUGUCUUAUGUAAAAAUUUCCUUUAUACCAUAACUCCAUAGUUUUUAGUCCACACACACAAACUUCACACUUGAAAUACUCAUAUUUUCAGCAUUAAACCUAUAAAAAAGAAGAAGAUAUAUAUAAAACUUUUCAAUUCAAGGACUAGAA